AUGUAUUAUUUACGCAAAAAGGCCAAGAAUUUUCCAGUUGAUGGUCUGCGUAUUACUACUACUGACUGCCUAUUUGAUGACAAAAUCAGUGCGUUAUGGCAACAAUAUGUUAAGAAGAAUCAUGAUGUGUCAUGUAUAAGUUUGCGCAAUGCUGGACCUGAUUUUAUUUGUGGAAAAAAAAUUCUGUGCAAUACUCAUUGGAAGGAUGUGGAUGAAGUUCUUAUUCCGAUGAAUCUUGGUACACAUAAACAUUGGAUUUUGGGUCGCUUGGUUUUCAAGGAUAGAUGUAUCUACUUGUAUAACUCUUUGGAUUCUGCUUUAGCAAGGAAAAAUGGAUUAGAAGCGGCUGAGAAAUAUGCAGUUUUAUUACCACUAUUUUUUGCUUCUUUGGAUUUGUUUGCGCUUCGAAGUGACAUUGAUAUGACAUCUCCUGCUUAUCGAGAUAAAAAUCCAACUGAUGCUUUUCGUGUUAAAGUUGUAACUGGUCUUCCUAGCCAGUCAGAGAAUGAUUGUGGAGCAUAUGUUUUAGCCUUUGCGGAGUAUUUGAUACAGAAGAGACCUAUCCCAUCUGAUUUGAAUAUAGUCCAUCAUCGUGAUCGCAUUUCGUUUUUGCUUUAUGAAUAUGGCAUGAAGAAAAUGACUGAGAAUAUUGACAGUGGUGAAGAAGUUGAGCCCAAGAACAUGAAUCGGGAAUUGAAAAGACGUGGGAAGAAAAAGAUUGCAGAAUAAUGAAUGUAUUCAUUAUGGAUUUGUUGUUAGUCUGAUCAGACUUGUUAAUUUUAGUUUCUUUUUAGGUUUUUUUGUAUGUUUUUUGACAGCUUAACUGACUGCUUUAUUUUCUUAUGUCUUUAUGAA